UGCGCUGCGUUCAGUUUCAGUGUAGCCGCCGUUCGGAGAGCACGCGAUCCGAUCCCCGCGCCAAAUUCUCAUCUCCGUUUCCCCAAGAUGUCCCUAGUGCGAUUGAUCGGAGCAGAGGCCCGCCAUCUGGCAAAGAGGUCCUACUCCUCAGCCGCUCCCACCACCAAGCUCUUCAUCGACGGCAAGUUCGUUGAGUCGAAGACGAACGAAUGGAUUGAAGUGCACGACCCGGCCACCAACCAAGUGGUCACCCGUGUGCCCAAGGCCACACAGUCGGAGAUGCAGGCGGCCCUUGAGUCGAACAAGAAGGCUUUCCGCUCGUGGAGCAACCAGUCGGUACUCACCCGCCAGCAGGUAAUGUUCAAGCUGCAGGCUCUGAUCAAGGAGAACAUGGGCGAGCUGGCCAAGAACAUUACCAAGGAGCAGGGCAAAACCUUGGCCGACGCAGAGGGCGAUGUGCUCCGCGGCCUUCAGGUGGUGGAACAUUGCUGCAGCAUCCCAUCCCUGCAGAUGGGGGAAACAGUAGCCAACGUGGCCAAGGACAUGGACACGUACUCACUGGUCCUGCCCCUCGGUGUAACCGCUGGCGUUGCGCCGUUCAAUUUCCCGGCCAUGAUACCGCUGUGGAUGUUCCCGGUGGCCAUUACCACCGGUAACACUAUGCUGCUGAAGCCAUCGGAACGCGUGCCUGGUGCAACCAUGCUGCUGAUGGAGCUCCUUAACGAGGCUGGCUGUCCGCCGGGUGUCGUCAACGUAAUCCAUGGCCAGCAUGACGCCGUGAACUUCAUCUGCGAUGCUCCCGAAAUCAAGGCAGUGUCCUUUGUGGGUUCCGACCAAGCAGGAAAGUACAUUUACGAGCGGGCUGGCAAGAAUGGCAAGCGGGUGCAGUCCAACAUGGGCGCUAAGAACCACGGCAUCAUCCUUGGCGAUGCCAACAAGGAGAAUACUUUGAACCAAUUGGCAGGUGCCGCUUUUGGAGCUGCUGGUCAGCGAUGCAUGGCCUUGUCCACGGCUGUCUUUGUGGGCGAUGCCCAGGCUUGGAUUCCCGAUCUGGUGGAGCGUGCCCAGAAGCUGAAGGUAAAUGCCGGCCAUGUGCCUGGCACUGAUGUGGGACCCGUGAUCAGCGCCGCCUCCCGCCAACGCAUUAAUGACCUCAUUGAGUCUGGGGUCAAGGAGGGAGCCAAGCUCAUCCUGGACGGCAGGAAAAUUACCGUGCCCGGUUACAAGGAUGGAUACUUUGUGGGACCCACCAUCCUAAGCGAUGUUACGCCCAGUAUGAAGUGCUACACUGAGGAGAUCUUUGGCCCUGUGCUGGUCAUCCUCAAGGCCGACACCUUGGACGAUGCCAUUGGCAUUGUAAAUGCCAAUCCUUAUGGAAACGGUACCGCCGUUUUCACAACCAAUGGAGCAGCCGCCCGCAAGUUUGUCAACGAAAUCGAUGCCGGCCAGGUGGGCGUCAAUGUGCCAAUUCCCGUGCCACUGCCCAUGUUCUCCUUUACCGGAACUCGGGGCUCUUUCCGCGGCGACCAUCACUUUUAUGGCAAGCAGGGCAUCAAAUUCUACACCCAGACGAAGACGGUCACCCAGCUGUGGCGGGAAACGGACGUGACUCACACCCAGGCGGCUGUGGCCAUGCCCACCAUGAAAUAGGCAGACCUUGAAGAGAUUCUGGAGAGAUUCAGAUGAAUUGUUCCACGUAUUGAAUUUCUGGAUGCUUGCACACAGGACGUAUUUAGAAGCUAGAUACAAAGAAAUUAUUGCAUUUAUUUUUGUGCCUGUUUAUUAGAUGUAAGACGAUGAUUAGAGACAACAAGUGUAGCUUGAAAGUAAUGAUAUGUAAAUGAUAACAAUAAAACGUUUAUUAUGUAAACUAC